AUGGCUACUACUACCACCUCUACUAGCAGUUUACCAUAUGAGAAGGAGAGAAGGAUAGCAGAGUUGGCUGUUCAGCGGGCGGCGAUUCUUUCGAAGGCGGUUUAUAAUUCAAAGGUUAAGGGGACUCUUGAGAAAAGUGAUAAUAGUCCUGUUACCAUCGCCGAUUUUGGAGCGCAAGCUCUCGUCUUCGCCAGUCUUCGCAAUAACUUCCCAGAUGACAAUAUCAUCGGUGAGGAAGACUCGGGAGACCUUCGAUCGAAUAAGGAACUUGCUUCAUUAGUGUUCAAGGCUAUUACUGAAGCUGUAUACUCCAACACCACAGGUCAAUCGUCGUCUGAAUCCAGUUCUUCGAACGAAUUGGGGGUUAUUAACAAUGAAGCCGAAAUGUUGGAUCUCAUUGACAAGGGGGAUUGUACGGAUAGCGGCAAGGGGAGGGUAUGGGCUUUAGAUCCUAUUGACGGGACAAAAGGGUUUUUGAGGGGUGGUCAGUACGCUAUUGCGCUUGGAUUACUAGUUGAUGGGGUUGUAACAGUUGGAGUUCUUGGGUGUCCGAAUUUGGGAGAGGAAGGAGGGGUACUGUUGAGUGCAGUUAAAGGACAGGGGACUGUCGUGAGACCGUUGACAUCAGACUUCUCCACCCUUCCUGACCCCUCAAGAGUCACGAUGAACCCAAUAACCACCACAUCCGAUGCCACUUUCUGUGAAGGCGUAGAAACCGGGCAUUCGAACCAUAACCUUCAAGCCAAAAUUGCCGCUGGUCUAGGAAUCACAAAACCAUCUGUUCGAUAUGAUUCUCAAGCCAAAUAUGCUGCGUUGGCAUUGGGAGAAGCAGAGAUAUAUUUACGUUUGCCGAGUAGUAUGAAAUACGAAGAAAAGAUAUGGGAUCACGCGGCGGGGAGCUUGGUGGUUGAAGAGGCUGGAGGGGUGGCGUUUGAUAUGUAUGGUGAAAAAUUGGAUUUCACAACCGGUAGGACUUUUAAGAAGAACAAGGGGGUAAUUGUCAUGCCAAAGGCGAUUCAGGAGGAUGUGGUCAGGGUUGUGAGGGAGGUUGCGAUUGAAGUAUAUGGAGGGAAGAGCUCCUUGUAA